CUCGUUCUUUUCAGUUCUCUCCCAUUCGCUUGUCUUCUCUUCUCCUUUCUUGUUUUCUGUUUUCCUGUCUUCUUCUCUUUUCUCAUGUCAUCUUGUCUUUUCUGAUGAUACGAGUGUUUUGUGGCGGUCAGGUGAUGGUGUCAGGAUGUCGGAUGGCAGGCAGCGAGCCAUGUCGGCAUCGGGCGAGUCUCUGUACGUGCUCCUGGGUCUGGAACCGGGAUGCAGCCACGAUGACGUAAGGAAGUCGUACAGGAAGCUCGCGCUCCGUUACCAUCCGGACAAGAACCCGGACAACCCAGAGGCGGUGGAGAAGUUCAAGGAGGUGAACGCGGCUCACGCCAUCCUGUCCGACCACGGCAAGAGGAACAUCUACGAUGCUUACGGUUCCCUGGGGCUCUAUGUGGCUCAGCAGUUCGGAGAAGACAAUGUCAAUGCCUACUUCAUGCUCACCACCUGGUGGGCCAAAGGUUUGUUUGUGCUCUGCGGGAUCCUGACUGGAUUUUAUUGCUGCUGCUGUUUGUGCUGCUGCUGCGACUGCUGCUGCGGGCGCCUCAAGACCACGCCCCCCGCUGAUGAGGAGGUGGAGACAACCUAUGGCAACCUCCAGGAGGAGGAGGAGGAGCUACAACAUCUGUCCAAUGACGUGAAUGCACCUGUCGUUCAGCAGCCGACCGAUGCUAGCGAGAAAACGCAACUCAUCUCAGAUGGGCGCCGCAGAUAUGGAGACACCUACACAUGAUAAUGUCAUCAACAUGUCUGUCACCAUGACAACUGUCACCAACUCAGCUGCUUCUUCUAUAUUGGGAAUCCCGUAUUUAAUGGCCUUUAUAGAAAUUUGGCCGAUUUCUAAGCGUAUGGUGGACCUGGAUAGGUCGUCUACGUUUUCACUGAUAGUCGUUAGGGAAUAGGGAAUGGGUAAAUUAUUCCUUUAUUUAUAUUUCCGGACUCCCCCAACACUAUUUACAGUGAUUUUCAGUGGAUUAACUAUCUUAGUCCACCAUUUUAGAAUUCCACAAUUGUGCUUAGCGAGUCGGAAAUGAGUCAACCCAGCCUUUAUGUUUUUUUUCCCUUUUGCUCACGAGAAUUUGGUUUCAAUGU